ACAGUACCGCAUGUAAUGCAUCUGCCAUGCGCGAUCCUGCUCGUCCUAUCAAGCCUUCACUACACCACUUUUGCUGUCCAUUCAUUCGUGGGCGCCAGCUUUGUUGAAAAUUCGUCUGAGAAUGAAGCGGUUUUGUCCACGGUACCAGCCUUGAAGUCUUUGUUAUCCUCCACCGGCUGUCCCAGAGGUCGAGGUUGCGGUCUACGAGGAGGCCUCGAUCAAUUGGAAACUUCAUAUUCCUUUUCGACAUCUCCCUCACCAACCUCGUCCAUUGCCUAUUCAAAUUCAAGAGAUCUACCCAAUAUCCAUGAAGGAAGAAGGGAGCCAGUCAUUACCAAUUCUGCCCCUUCACGUGUUAACCUGGUAUCCGCGACUCAAAAGACAGAAUCUGAAAGCACGGCGACUUUAUCAGCUGCAUUGCCCACAGCAACCACGCUACCUGCCCUCCUUGACCAGGAUUUAGUCGUAUCUACUGUCUUCAAUCAAUCUGUGCAGCUCCAAAAGAAGGGGGCAAAGAGAAAAGACAAAAUGUGCGAUCCAACUCCAGUGGACCGGCGCGUGGAUCAGCUGGAUUUAGAGGGAGCCUGCGUCGGAAGCUGGGGAGGUUUUUACGACCGCAUCGUUAGCGUGACGUUCAAUGCGCGCACGUUGGAAUCGCAGGCAUUGAGAAUUAGCUCUUUUUGUUCCUCUCCCUGCGGUCCUUUGUUUGACAGGCAGGUGCGGGAAUUUCGGAACGCAUGUCAAGAGGGCUUGAUGAGGAUGGAAGAGCAGGAGGAUGAAGAGGAGGAGGAGGAGGAGGAGGAGAUGGAAGCAGGUGAAGGGGAGGAAGGAACAUGGAUUCCUGUGCCAUCAGAGGAGCUGCUGAUCUAUCGAAUGACAGGCUUCAUCGGGACCUUCGGCUGCGCUCAAGACACGGUCUCGGGUCGUCUCUGCGCCGAGCUCAUCGUUCGUUCCCUUUCUGCUUCCGCAAGCGCCAACGUGGGCACUCCUACAGGCGUGGCCUGGACCAAGAUCGGCAACGGGAAGCAUCGGAAAGCCGACCGCGAGAGGGAGGCAGCCGCCACCGCACAGGCCCUGGCUAAAAAGGAAAAGUGCGCGUACUACACCUCCUGUUGUUUCGGCGAGAUGAUGAAGACGCUGCGACUCGGGGAGCAGGCGGAGUUGGUGGAGGGCUUGGAGAGGGUGUGCCCGGGCGCGAGGGAGGCAGCGAAUGCCUCGUGCAGCAGGAGUGCAGCCUCGGGGUAGGGAAAGAGGGAAAGAGGGGGGUGUCCUGGGAGCGAGAAGCUGUAGAAUCAAGAGGGGCGGAGACCUAAAGUGGGACCGCUGGCCUGCAGGAGUGUUCUAUAUGACUUGAAGUAAAUUGUAGAAAAUUAUAAGACAGAUAAUCUCCUGCGGGUCAAACAAAUACUCGCAAGAAAGAGC